UCAGGGCGGACGGAACUCACAGGCGCACCACUGCAGACACAAGAGAAGGAAACAGACAUGGCGAUUGUGCCUCUCCCGUCCAUCUGUUCGGUGUUGUGUUGCUCACCUGUGGAAUGUCGUGUAGAGUCGUUUGUCGCGGCCAACACGCGCCAGUGUGGCCUCGGUGGUCGAUAUGGUCUGCCUCGGUGGUCGAUAUGGUCUUGCCCAGGACGCGCACGCUCUUGAUCUGACCCUCUUCAGCAGCUGAUGGCUUGAAGAAUGGCGCCCCCAUCUUGUGAAAUCUCUUGAGCUCCUUCUCAGCUUCGACGAGGUCGGCCAUGGCCGCCUCGACGUGGGACGCGCUCGCCUUGAUGACGUCGAUGGGGUCCUUGCCGUUGAUUGCUGCCUCAGACGCGCCGGUCUCCCUUGUAAGAUGGCUGCCGAGGGAGGUCUUGGUGUCGAAAAGGAGAUGGUGCCAGAAGACGGACGAGCUGUCGGUGCUGUGGUCACCCGUCAGCUUGAUCUCGUGGCUCUCGCCCUGGGCAUCCGCCACACCGACGCCGGUGAUCUCAUUGAACAGCCUGACAUCAACAGAUAUGACAGACAAUUGUUGUGCGUGAGUUUCGUCUGCACUCCCUCCCUUCUCCCCCCACUCUCGACUGACCAUUCCAUAUACACGGGAUCAGCGUCGAGGAAUGGCCGGCCCUCUGUGUCCUUCGGCAGCCCAUCCAGAUGGUGCAGCAGCAGGUAUGCGAUGAACGAAUCGCUCACGCCGGGCAGCAGCAGUGGCUUGCGCGGCACACACAGCACCGUCCCGCCCACGUUGACCUCAAUCUCCCCAUCUAGCGGCCCGAUAGGAUUCAGCUGCCCUCCAUUGCUCGCGAUGAGCUGAUUGACGAUGUGGGACUGCUUCCUAAGCCAAUCCAACAUCUGCUUGGUGGCAGCGAAGCCAUUGAUGCUCGCCGCCAGCCAAUGCAAAAAUGCACCACCACCUGCAGGUGAGAGGUUCGUCAGCUGGGCUUUGAGUGUCUUGAUGGUGUCUUCAGUGUCUUGACAGUUGGCCGUCCCCGGCACGAACAGGUGCACCCACAGCACGCCAGCCAGGCACACACCCGCAAAGAUGUACAUGGUGGUUGAGAAGCCGAUGGCCUCCUUCUGUUCUAUCGUCGCUUUGCCGACACUUUGUUGGUCAGUCAGCUCUGACAGCUCCUCUCGCUGCUUGUGGUCCUCGUGCGGCCGAACCUGCGUGUUGUGCGUCGGCCGACAGGCGGCUGCGGUGGGCGAGUCGCUGAACAGGCGAGAGUUGCUGUGAGAGGUGUUGAUCAAUGAAUCAACCCACUGACUGAGCACACAAAAAGAGUAAAGCAGAGAGAGCUGAUGCCCCUGGUGGACUGGUGGAUGCCGCCGACGAGCUGAGUCCGCACAAUCACGACAGCGUCUUCUUCUGCUGCUGCCAGCACGCUGUAAGAAGGGCUGGGUGGGGCCAGACGGACCCAUGCACUGCAGGUCUUGGAUGGGGAGAUCUACGCCCGGAUCAGAUGGCUCAGCUCUCCAGAAGCGAAAUGCUCUAUGGCUGAGAUAUG